CGGAUCGGAGCAUGGCAGCGGCGGCGGCGCGGUCCCUGCUGGCGGCGGGGCGGGCGGGCGGCGGGCGGCGCAGCGGCGGCCGCCGCCCGACAUGCGGAGCUACCUGUGGUCGCGGUACAGGGAGGCCAAGCGGGUCACCAAGGAGUUAGUUCCUUCAAUUAUGAGUAACAUGCUGAACCCGGAUGCUAUUUUUUCAAACAACGAAAUGAGCCUGUCAGACAUUGAAAUCUAUGGCUUUGAUUACGACUACACAUUGGUCUUUUAUUCUAAACAUCUGCACACGCUGAUCUUCAAUGCUGCUCGAGAUCUUCUUAUUAAUGAGCAUCGGUAUCCUGCAGAAAUAAGAAAAUAUGAUUAUGAUCCGAAUUUUGCAAUAAGAGGACUUCAUUACGAUGUACAUCGGGCGUUAUUAAUGAAGAUUGAUGCUUUUCAUUAUAUUCAGCUAGGAACAGUUUACAGAGGCCUCAGCGUUGUCCCAGAUGAAGAAGUCAUUGCAAUGUAUGAUGGUUCCCAUGUCCCCUUGGAACAAAUGAGUGACUUUUAUGGAAAGAGCUCACAAGGAAACACAAUGAAGCAAUUCAUGGAUAUAUUUUCCUUGCCAGAAAUGACUCUCCUUUCUUGUGUAAAUGAAUAUUUUCUGAAAAACAACAUAGACUAUGAGCCUGUUCAUCUGUACAAAGACGUCAAGGAUUCAAUCAGGGAUGUCCACAUCAAAGGAAUAAUGUAUAGAGCAAUUGAAGCAGAUAUUGAGAAAUACAUCUGCUAUGCUGAACAAACUCGUGCAGUGUUAGCAAAGCUGGCUGAUCAUGGCAAGAAGAUGUUUCUUAUCACAAACAGUCCCAGCAGUUUUGUGGACAAAGGCAUGAAGUUCAUAGUCGGCAAGGACUGGAGGGAUCUCUUUGAUGUGGUCAUUGUACAGGCUGAUAAGCCAAACUUUUUCAAUGAUAAGCGAAGACCAUUUCGGAAGGUGAAUGAAAGGGGAGUGUUGCUUUGGGACAAAAUUCACAAAUUGCAGAAAGGCCAGAUCUACAAACAGGGUAACUUAUAUGAAUUUCUGAAGCUUACUGGCUGGAGGGGCUCUAAGGUUCUCUACUUUGGUGAUCACAUCUACAGUGACUUGGCAGAUUUGACCCUGAAGCAUGGCUGGCGCACUGGUGCAAUUAUUCCAGAGUUACGAUCAGAGAUUAAAAUCAUGAACACAGAGAAGUACAUUCAAACCAUGACCUGGCUACAGACUCUGACAGGAUUACUGGAACACAUGCAGGUUCACCGUGAUCCUGAUUCACAGAUGAUUUUAGAAGAAUGGAAGAAGGAAAGAAAGGAAAUGAGGGAAAUGAACAGGAAUUUCUUCAAUGCACAGUUUGGAAGCUUAUUCAGAACGGAUGAGAAUCCCACGUACUUCCUAAGACGUCUGUCUAGAUUUGCAGAUAUCUACAUGGCAUCGCUGAGUUGUCUCUUGAACUAUGAGCCUGACUACACAUUUUAUCCAAGAAGGACUCCUUUGCAGCACGAACUUCCUGGCUGGUCAGAUCAGCUGUGCACUGGUACAUUCAGAAUACCCUUCCUACAAGAGACGGUUCAGAUCAAAUAAGCACUUGCCUUAUUAUCUCUAAAAUGGGCAAAUACACCCUUUUUUUUGAAUAUGGAUGCAUUUUAUUUAACUCACUUAAAUCUGUUACCUUGAUUUAGAUGUAAUUCAUACUUGUUCUCAAUAAGCAUAGCACCUAUUUUCUCCUCUACUGCUCAGAGAUGUGAAACCUCUUCUUACACAUAGAGGAUAUAAUGGACUGCCAAAAUAGCAGAGGGCUGGGGGAGAGGACAAAUUUGAGGGGGAAAGGCUGGUGAUGUUCUGGGAUGGUUGCUUUUGUUUGUUCAUUGGAAACUUUGAUCUGCAGCCUUGUGGCUUGCAAAGAAAUAGCUGUGCUGUCCUUUCUGGCUGUGAUCAGAACUGUAGCUAGAGCCUGUCAUGGCUUGGCACUGAAAAGCUUAAAUCCAGUGUUAGUCAUUCAGUGAUACGCUGUUACUAACCAGUUUAUGGUGAGACUGAGAGGGAUAUGGCAUAAGCAGUAACUUCCUGUUGCCGUAGCUAGAGCAUUAUCUGCAACUGAACUAACUGGUGUAAUGCUUGGGUGCAUCUCUGGAGCAUUGCAAUGGCUACAGUACAGGCAUGCUCAGGCUGGUGGGCUUCUUUUCUUGCCUGUACAUCAUUUUCUGUUCUUGUACUGUCUGUGCUUGGCUGUAGGUGGACCUGAACCUAAACCUGACAGUGACAGGAAGCUUGGAGUGCUUCAGCUUCCUUGUGCUGACUUUGACACCUUUCCUUUUAAGAUUCCAAACUGUUUAAAUACCUGCUCUCUGAUAAUAAAGCCAUUGCAACAGGUCUCACAGUGUGCAUUUCAAAGUGGAGGCAGAAUUCCAUCAGGCUUUAGAUUGAUCCUAAAUGCUGCUUUUAAAACUUACAAGUGACUUACAGUGCGGCACGCAGUGCAGUUUUGAAGUUCCCUUGGAGAUGAGGUACUUGAUGUAGCCUUCAGUAAUGGACUUCUGCAUUCAAAAGUAAACACGCACAAUGGGCACAUGAAUUUGGGGGGGAGGAGGGAGAGGAGACGUGAGCAGAUGAAAAACAGUUUUCUGAUGACAUUUUUUUUAGCUCAAGCCCCCAGAGCUGGAUUGGGGGUGAUGGACAAUUUGCAUCAAGCAAAACAACUUUAACCGUGCAGGUGAGAAGUCUUAUAGGAUUACUAAAAUUGCAAGAAAGGCACGAACACAAGCUUUGCGUAGCAUAUAUGUUCCAAAGAUUUGAGCUGAAAAAUGUCUAUUUUGCACAAGGAAAACAUCUGUUGAUGUAUUUCCUCGAACAGGCACUUUAUAGAACUGAUAUGUAGUUGUUUUUAAAUCAGGAUGCUUUCUUGUCUCUGCAUCCAAAGGAAAGUUAUUAUUUUUGAACUGGUGCUUCCUGCUCCAGCCAUUUUAGAAGGCAUAAUGACUAACGGUUUUCAAAAUUUAGUUAUAAAGGGUUCUGUUCUUAAAAACGUAUAAUUGACAAAAUACAUAGCAUUUGGUAUCGUUCAUUUCAUUAUGGGAUAUCACUUGGUUCAUACCGUGAUAGUCAGGUAAACAAACUUUUGGUGACCAAAAGUUUUCUUGUUUGUUUUUUAACUUGUCUUAUAUGCAAGAAUCUGUACUGAAUUCCAGAUGCAGUAUCUCUCAUGUUUUUAAAAGCAUGUUUGCAAAGUAAAGAAUGUAUUUUAAUCUAGCCUGCACAAUUUCAUAUGCAGUUUUCCUGUAUGCUUGAAAUCAGUCUGAAGUCCUGAGAGGUGCUUAUGGAUUUUACGUUCAUGGUUUUCUUGUGCUCCUAUUUGAAACUUGACAUGCCAUACUCCUAAAGUGAGUGCUUGUGUGUGUGUGUGUGUGUGUGUGUGUGUGUGUGUGGUGUGUUUAAACAGAAGAGUAUACCUGAAAUGAGUAAGUUCAUCUGACAGUCCUGUUGUUUUGGUGGAAGAAGGUAGUUUGGCUUUAUGAGGAGAGUUGGUGGUGGAGCUGUGCAAGAAACAUUUAGCAUAACUCGACGAUGCAGGCUGUUCUGUCAGCUGAAAUUUGGGGAUGGAAAUGUCCCCAAUUUGCCUUCAUUUUUUUAUCUUCAUGCUCAGCUGGAACUGAACUUGGUGUUACAUAUACGUAGCACCUUUCAUGCUCUAGAGAUCUCAAUGCACUGCUUAAAAUAAAACAAAACCCACUGUACAUUCUUCAUGUCACUACCAGCAAUUAAGAGUGUUGUUCUUCAGUUCUGCAUUGCUGCAUUUGCUAAUGUUUUGGUUAUAGCUCUUGUGUUUCCUAUUUGAAAGCUGGCUAGGAGUCAGUUUGUUUGUCUAAUUUUCCUGUGUUAACCAGGAACAGUCUGAUUGGGUUGGAUGAUAUUACCCACAUACUGCCCAUUUUGUUUCAAGAUGAUUUUUCCUCCCUCUCAACUUACAAACCCAUCAAACUUCUGUACAAAGCUAUGUGACAGCACGCAGCUCAAGUAGAAUCUUGUUUAUGUUGCAUGACUUCUUGAAACAACGUUGCAUGAAAAAAAAUAAUUAUGGAAAUGUUACGUUCUUUUAAAAAUACAUAUAAUAUGAAUUUAAGUGAGAAUUUUAAAAUGCAUUAUUUAUUUUUCAGUGCUAGAAUAUUAUUCUUUUAAAAAUGUAUUGUGUUUUUGUAAUUAUUUCAAAGAACUCGAGCUGCAUACCUUGGUGCUCUCUGCAUAACUUAUUUUAACCUUAUGUUACUGACUUCCAAGAGAUUUUUGAGCACGGUGAAAGGGCAAUGUCUGUUUAUGUUCAUUUUGGAAGUGUUCGUUUGAACACCAAAGUAAGAAGAAAUUUUUUUUCUGUUCUGUAAAAACUGAGAGGAGAAUAGUCUGUCAGUAAAAGAAGAGUUUAAUGAACUAUGGAAACUUUUUUUGUUUUUGUGAUUAGAAAAUAUUUAAUGAUUAUUACAAAAAUAAAUGCUUGGACUCUG